CUGUGUCAGUCCAUAAUGAGCUUUAAUGGUUGGUAUUGGUUUGAGAUGCAAAAAUAAUCUUACAUUCUACUACAAAAUCCCAAUGUAGUAGUCUAGAUUUCAGUAUAUAAUAGACUUAAUUAGGUCUAUUUUAAAUGAUUUAUCUAAGAGUGCAGCUGCAGCAGUGUCAAUGUGUCAUGAAUAAACUUAAAAUAUUCUUGUUAUAGUCUACUUGAUUCCUGGAAUGGAAUACCCAUGGUAGUUUAUAUUACUGACUUGAUUGAUUCCAAGAAUUUGAGCUAUAUACUAGAUCUAGCAUGUUGUGGCUAAAAAAGCAGCCCAACAGCUAGAUACACUAUAAAUUACGUGUAAAAAUUAUAAACUGGCUAGUUGCCAUAAUGAGCUAUUUGUCUAGAGCAGUCAAGAAUCCUCGUACUGAUGCUGGGUAUUGUAUUACUGGUGGCAAUAUUGCUGUUAUAGAUUUUGGAACUGCAUCAGUUUCACUGGCUUUCACUACCAAAGGAGAUCAACUAGUUAAUAUUCUUCCUCUAGAUACACAAACCAGAUCUAUCAGGGUACCCAAUAUUGUCCUGCUAAAGAAAGAAGGAUGUAAAAUAAGGGUUGGAGCAUUUGGAGCUGAUGCAAAGAAAAGAUUUGUAUCACUGAGGUCUAGUGACUGUGUAAAUUACAUUUAUUUUGAGAGAAUUAAGAUGCUGAUGAGAAGGGAGCAGGCAGUUGACAGACAGACAUUAGUUGAGUCAUUUUCUGGGGAAAAGUACUAUCUGGUUGAGGUCAUUGCAUUCAUACUCCAGUACCUGAAGGAUCUAUUGAUAAAUCACUUCUCGCGUACUGUCAGGCCAUUGAAAACAACUGACUUUGAUUGGGUCAUCACUGUACCUGCUAUAUGGGAUGCACGUGGAAAAAGAAUGAUGAGAGAAGCUGCUUACUUGGCUGGUUUGUUGACAGAGUCUGGUGGCAUUAAUCAUUUAACAGCACAGUCUUGUAGCCCUAUUCCACCUCCAGAUGAAGUUAAUCCUGACAAGCUGUCACUAGCACUAGAGCCAGAAUCAGCAGCCAUUUAUAGCCAAGAAGUAACAGGAGCACAAAUAGAGUAUGGUCUAUCAAAAGCAUCUAUUAGUCGUCCUACGAAAUACAUGGUGAUAUAUAUAGGAGGAGGUACCGUUGAUAUCACUGCUCAUACUGAAACGUUUGACUGUAUUCGAGUAGAAAAUACCCCAACCGGCAAUGCAUGGGGUGGUACUCAGGUCAACAAAGCUUUCUCUCAGUUGCUUCAAAAGCUUGUGCAUGAUCCUGAUUAUAAAAAGUUUUUAGCUUCAGGAGAGCAAUCCAGGCAAAUGGCAAUAAUCAAUAGCAUAUUGUAUGCUGAAUUUGAAGAGCAAAAAGUCAUAUUUGGGGAUUGCAAAAGUAAGGAAAUGACUAUUGAGCUCCAUCCCAAGUUUGCCAAUUGUUACGAUAAAGAAAUAGUUGCUAAAGUUAAAGAAAUGGAAGGCAUUGAUUAUGAAGAUUACACAUUGUUCAUUGACGAAAGUGUAGUUGAGUCUCAUUUGUUUGGUCCAGCAUUGAGAGGGAUUAUAAAUUGCAUAGAAGAAGCAAUUAAAGUAUGUGGAAGCAAAAUUGAUACCUUUUACCUCGUUGGUGGAUUUGGCAGCUGUAAAUAUAUUCAUGAAAAGGUUACUGCUGCCAUAAAGGAGGUAAAAGGUAGUCACUGCAAUGUCAUUGUACCAGUUAGUCCUCAUCUUGCAGUUGCUACAGGAGCUGCAAUGUGGCGUAAAAAUCCAGGAAUAAUCAAAGCAAGGCGAUCUGAUGCUACCUAUGGAAUUCCUGUGACUAUCCCUUUCAACUCAGAGAAACAUGACGAGCAUUAUAAAUACUUUGAUGAUGAGGAGGACAUAUAUCGAUGUAAAAAUGUGUUCUGUGUCUUUUUAGAAAAAGGUGAGAUGGUUAAUACAGAUGAAGUUAUUAGCAUCGAUUUGAGGCCAGCAAGUGUUGCCGAUACACAGAUGUUCAUUGAUAUCUAUUCAACGCCAAAUGUUGGUACCCAGUAUACGGUUGACAAGAAAGGAAACAGCACAGUCACUAAAAUUGGCCAACUAGUUCUUGAUGUUCCUAACCCUGAUAAUUUGCCAAAAAGCCAGCGAUUAGCUGACAUCUCAAUGGAUUUCAGUGGUACAGAAAUACAAGCUAAAGCAAAAUAUGUUACCAGAAAAGAAGUUAAAACCGUUUGUGACUUUCUUUCUGCUUAAUAGGACAAAAGUUUAAAAGUUUUAGCUAGUAAAUAGGCAUUUAGUAGCUUUUAGAGACCCAGUUUGCUGCAUAAACUUAUUUAAAAUUAGUUGUUUGGAUUUAGUAAUUUUUUUAAAUAUCAAACUAUAGAU